CUCAGAUUCCUGUUUCUUCAAUCCUCACCAAAAUUUUCUCCGGAAUCAGAAUAAAUUACCCAGAGAAAGAUACAUAAUUUGCCCCCCAGCUCACUGCCUAAUUAACGCGCGCGGGACAGGAACUCAGCAAUGGCGGAAAAGAGAGUUUUCACCCUCUCCCAGGUUGCCGGACACAAAUCCAAGAAAGAUUGCUGGCUUGUCAUUAACGGCAGAGUACUGAACGUCACCAGUUUCUUGGACGAUCACCCGGGAGGAGAAGAGGUGCUGUUGGAAGUAGCAGGCAAGGAUGCCACCAAGGAAUUCAUCGACAUCGGACACAGCAAUGCGGCGCAAAACCUGCUGGCCAAGUACCAGGUGGGUGUUCUCCAGGGGUAUACUAUCAAGGAGGAGGGCGGCACCGAUGGUGCUCCGGUUGAGGAACCAAAGAAGAAAGAGAUGAGUGCUUUUGUGGUCAAGGGCGGCCAAACACCCAAAUACGCAGCGUUCCUCGAGUUCUUCGUGCCGCUCUUGGUCGCCGGUUCCUACUUCAGUUACAGAUACCUAUCCAACGCUGCCCAAAUGGUCUAAUGAAUCAGGCAAUCUCAGUUUGAUCUGUGUUCUCACUGGAACUAGGAUUAUAUUAUAUUGUAUCAUGUCACGCGUUUGUCUUUGGCAAUAAAUAUGGGGAUUGAAUAUGGAUUUUUCUUCGUAAUUAUGAAACUACUACUGUACAGAGUACAAGGGGACAAAAUCUGCCUUUGACAUGCUACAAAUAUGUGUAGACACAAGGACAGAAGUUUCAGGUACAAUGAGGAGAAGAAAAAGAUAAUAUAUUACAACAUCUAAAAUUUCCAAUGUACUUGUAUCAAAAACAAAUUUCCAAGGCAGCAUUCUGGGCCUGAAACCUUGGUCUAGCUUCUCUGUCACUGGUGGGCUCCUUAGUGAUACAAACAGAAGUUGCCCCUUCAUCCAGAAAUCAAUAUUUCGUAGGAGAAUACAAGAUAUUGUCCACAGAAAAAGUGGGGAGGGGCAAGGAAGGCCCUGUCAGUUUUGUGGUAUAACUAGCAAGGAGAAAUUGGACCCUUCAAAGAUAAUAUUGCAAUUACGCCAAUCAAAUAAUCAACUCUAUCCACUGGAACCGUAACUGCGCAACUUAUGUUAUCCAUUGAUCUCAUAACUCCAAAUAUUCUGCCGCCUUAAUGUAAAUUACAGGCUGAAGAUCCUGAACUUACCGUUCAAACUACUACAGUCCGAACUGCAAUUAAAACUGCAUAAAACCAUCAAACAGAAGGCAUAAGCCUCAUAGAUAUUAUGAACUCAACUAAAAAUAUGUGAAUAUU